CAGGUUGCUGCGGCCGGUCCUGGGCGGCGGCUCCGCGCCGCGUUUUAUGCACGCCCGCGCCCCCCUCCUGGAGCUGGUGCGCCGGAGAGAGGGGCGAGCAGGCGGCUUGUCAUUGCUGGUGCCCGGCGCCGGCUCUGUCCGCGCGUCCUGCGGUGCCCACGGGCCCGGCUGAGCGCCCCCCCUCCAGCCACCCCGGGGGCGCGACACCGCCUCGCCCGCCUACAGCCGCGCCCCCCCUCAAGCCCCGCGGCGCCCGCCCCCUAUCCGAGCCCCCUGCGGCCACUGCGGGGAGCCCGAGCCGUCGGCGCGGGAGCUGUCGGCGCUGCGGCGCCCCCGCCCCGCCGUCUGCCGAGAAGGCCCCGGCGGAUGGGGCCCCGCGGGCCCCGGAGCGGCGCCGCCGGGCGGCGGGGGGCUGCAGGGGCGCCCCAGCUGCCCCGUUAACUCCUCGGCUGCCACCGUCGGAGGGGGCUGGGAAGUCGCCUGGGCGCACACGUGCAGCCUCCGUCGGGGCCGCGGAGCUGCGGGGGAGAUGCGUGCAGCUGCUAGCGCCUCUUCGGGGGGCUCCGCCUCGCCCCAGCCCCCGGAGCUCUGACACCGCCCCCGCCCCGCCGCCUCCGCCGCCUCCCUCCCUGGGAGGGGCGCGGACCCGGUCGCCCCCAGCCCCGAGUCUCUGCUGCCGCGAGGGGGCCGCCUUUGGAGCUGUCCCCGGUUCCGGGAGAUGUGCCGGGCGGGGGGCCUGGGUUCGCGGAGCCGCAGGAGAGACCCGCAAAGCCGACCCCGGAGCGGUGCUGGACAGACUGGUGGGCCAGGCCGUGGUACCCACCUGGUGAUGCGGGGCGAGGCCGCCUGCACAGGCCACUGAGAGCCCCGAACGCGCCCCAGCCGCCACCAUGGCCCGCCUGGCCGCCGUGCUCUGGAGUCUCUGCGUCACUGCCGUCCUGGUCACCUCGGCCACCCAAGGCCUGAGCCGGGCCGGGCUCCCGUUUGGGCUGAUGCGCCGUGAGCUGGCAUGUGAAGGCUACCCCAUCGAGCUGCGGUGCCCGGGCAGCGACGUCAUCAUGGUGGAGAACGCCAACUAUGGGCGCACGGAUGACAAGAUCUGCGACGCUGACCCUUUCCAGAUGGAGAACGUGCAGUGCUAUCUGCCGGACGCCUUCAAGAUCAUGUCCCAGAGGUGUAACAACCGCACCCAGUGCGUGGUGGUCGCUGGCUCCGACGCCUUUCCCGACCCCUGUCCCGGGACCUACAAGUACCUGGAGGUGCAGUACGACUGUGUCCCCUACAAAGUGGAGCAGAAAGUCUUCGUGUGCCCAGGGACUCUGCAGAAGGUGCUGGACCCCACCUCGACACACGAGUCGGAGCACCAGUCUGGCGCAUGGUGCAAGGACCCACUGCAGGCGGGUGACCGCAUCUACGUCAUGCCCUGGAUCCCCUACCGCACGGACACGCUCACCGAGUACGCCUCAUGGGAGGACUACGUGGCGGCGCGCCACACCACCACCUACCGCCUUCCCAACCGUGUGGAUGGCACGGGCUUCGUGGUCUAUGACGGCGCUGUCUUCUACAACAAGGAGCGCACGCGCAACAUCGUCAAGUACGACCUGCGCACGCGCAUCAAGAGCGGGGAGACGGUCAUCAACACGGCCAAUUACCACGAUACCUCGCCCUACCGCUGGGGGGGCAAGACCGACAUCGACCUGGCCGUGGACGAGAAUGGGCUGUGGGUCAUCUACGCCACCGAGGGCAACAAUGGGCGGCUGGUGGUGAGCCAGCUCAACCCCUACACGCUGCGCUUCGAGGGCACGUGGGAGACCGGCUACGACAAGCGCUCAGCAUCCAACGCCUUCAUGGUGUGCGGCGUCCUCUACGUGCUGCGUUCCGUGUAUGUGGAUGACGACAGCGAGGCUGCCGGCAACCGCGUGGACUACGCCUUCAACACCAACGCCAACCGCGAGGAGCCCGUCAGCCUGGCCUUCCCCAACCCCUACCAGUUCGUCUCUUCCGUUGACUAUAACCCUCGUGACAACCAGCUGUAUGUCUGGAACAACUAUUUUGUGGUGCGCUAUAGCCUGGAGUUCGGGCCACCCGACCCCAGUGCUGGCCCAGCCACUUCGCCACCCCUCAGCACGACCACCACGGCCCGGCCCACACCCCUGACCAGCACAGCCUCGCCUGUGGCCACCACCCUGCUCCGCCGGGCGCCCCUCACCACGCACCCUGUGGGUGCCAUCAACCAGCUGGGACCUGACCUACCUCCAGCCACUGCGCCCGCCCCCAGCACCCGGCGGCCCCCCGCCCCCAAUCUGCACGUGUCCCCGGAACUCUUCUGUGAACCUCGAGAGGUGCGGCGGGUCCAGUGGCCGGCCACCCAGCAGGGCAUGCUGGUGGAGAGGCCCUGCCCCAAGGGGACUCGAGGAAUUGCCUCCUUCCAGUGUCUACCAGCCCUGGGGCUCUGGAACCCCCGGGGCCCUGACCUCAGCAACUGCACCUCCCCCUGGGUCAACCAGGUGGCCCAGAAGAUCAAGAGCGGGGAGAACGCAGCCAACAUUGCCAGCGAGCUGGCCCGCCACACCCGGGGCUCCAUCUAUGCGGGUGAUGUGUCCUCCUCUGUGAAGCUGAUGGAGCAACUGCUGGACAUCCUGGAUGCCCAGCUGCAGGCCCUGCGGCCCAUCGAGCGCGAGUCGGCUGGCAAGAACUACAACAAGAUGCACAAGCGAGAGAGAACCUGUAAGGACUACAUCAAGGCCGUGGUGGAGACGGUGGACAACCUGCUGCGGCCAGAGGCUCUUGAGUCCUGGAAGGACAUGAAUGCCACCGAGCAGGUGCACACGGCCACCAUGCUCCUGGACGUCCUAGAGGAGGGCGCCUUCCUGCUGGCCGACAAUGUCAGGGAGCCUGCCCGCUUCCUGGCCGCCAAGCAGAAUGUGGUCCUCGAGGUCACAGUCCUGAACACAGAGGGUCAAGUGCAAGAGCUGGUGUUCCCCCAGGAGUACCCGAGCGAGAACUCGAUCCAGCUGUCCGCCAACACCAUCAAGCAGAACAGCCGCAACGGAGUGGUCAAAGUUGUCUUCAUCCUCUACAACAACCUGGGCCUCUUCCUGUCCACCGAGAAUGCCACGGUGAAGCUGGCAGAAGCGGGCACGGGGGGCCUGGGGGGCGCCUCCCUGGUGGUGAACUCCCAGGUCAUCGCAGCGUCCAUCAACAAGGAGUCCAGCCGAGUUUUCCUCAUGGACCCUGUCAUCUUCACUGUGGCCCACCUGGAGGCCAAGAACCACUUCAAUGCUAACUGCUCCUUCUGGAACUACUCGGAGCGUUCCAUGCUGGGCUACUGGUCAACCCAGGGCUGCCGCCUGGUGGAGUCCAACAAGACCCAUACCACGUGUGCCUGCAGCCACCUCACCAACUUCGCCGUGCUCAUGGCUCACCGCGAGAUCUACCAGGGCCGCAUCAACGAGCUGCUGCUGUCAGUCAUCACCUGGGUGGGCAUCGUCAUCUCCCUGGUCUGCCUGGCAAUCUGUAUCUCCACUUUCUGCUUCCUGCGGGGACUGCAGACUGACCGAAACACCAUCCACAAGAACCUGUGCAUCAACCUCUUCCUGGCUGAGCUGCUCUUCCUGGUUGGGAUAGACAAGACUCAGUAUGAGAUUGCCUGCCCCAUCUUCGCUGGCUUGCUGCACUACUUCUUCCUGGCUGCCUUCUCCUGGCUGUGCCUGGAGGGCGUGCAUCUCUAUCUGCUGCUGGUGGAGGUGUUUGAGAGCGAGUACUCCCGCACCAAGUACUACUACCUGGGCGGGUACUGCUUCCCAGCCCUGGUGGUGGGCAUCGCGGCCGCCAUCGACUACCGCAGCUACGGCACCGAGAAGGCCUGCUGGCUCCGAGUGGACAAUUAUUUCAUUUGGAGCUUCAUUGGGCCCGUCUCCUUUGUUAUCGUGGUGAACCUGGUGUUCCUCAUGGUGACUCUGCACAAGAUGAUCCGGAGCUCAUCCGUGCUCAAGCCCGAUUCCAGUCGCCUCGACAACAUUAAAUCCUGGGCCCUGGGGGCCAUUGCGCUGCUCUUCCUGCUGGGCCUCACCUGGGCUUUCGGCCUCCUCUUCAUCAAUAAGGAGUCGGUGGUCAUGGCCUAUCUCUUCACCACCUUCAACGCCUUCCAGGGGGUCUUCAUCUUCGUCUUUCACUGCGCCUUACAGAAGAAGGUGCAUAAGGAGUACAGCAAGUGCCUGCGUCACUCCUACUGCUGCAUUCGCUCCCCGCCCGGGGGCGCUCACGGCUCACUCAAGACCUCAGCUAUGCGGAGCAACACCCGCUACUACACGGGGACCCAGAGCCGAAUCCGGAGGAUGUGGAACGACACCGUGAGGAAACAGACGGAAUCCUCUUUCAUGGCGGGCGACAUCAACAGCACACCCACCCUGAACCGAGGUACCAUGGGGAACCAUCUGCUGACCAACCCUGUGCUGCAGCCCCGUGGGGGCACCAGCCCCUACAACACUCUCAUUGCCGAGUCAGUGGGCUUCAAUCCUUCCUCACCCGCCGUCUUCAACUCCCCAGAGCACCCCUUGGGAGGCCGAGAAGCCUGCGGCAUGGACACGCUGCCCCUCAACGGCAACUUCAACAACAGUUACUCCUUGCGAAGCGGGGAUUUCCCUCCAGGGGAUGGGGCCCCCGAGCCGCCUCGAGGCCGGAACCUGGCCGACGCUGCUGCCUUCGAGAAGAUGAUCAUCUCGGAGCUGGUGCACAACAACCUUCGGGGUGGCAGCAGCGGAGCCAAGGGCCCUCCACCGCCUGAGCCCCCCGUGCCGCCAGUGCCAGGGGGCAGCGGCGAGGAAGAGGCAGGCGGGCCCGGGGGUGCUGACCGGGCAGAGAUCGAACUUCUCUACAAGGCCCUGGAGGAGCCACUGCUGCUGCCCCGGGCCCAGUCGGUGCUGUACCAGAGCGAUCUGGACGAGUCGGAGAGCUGCACAGCGGAGGACGGGGCCACCAGCCGGCCCCUCUCCUCUCCUCCGGGCCGGGACUCCCUCUACGCCAGCGGGGCCAACCUGCGGGACUCGCCCUCCUACCCGGACAGCAGCCCCGAGGGGCCCAGUGAGGCCCUGCCCCCACCUCCACCUGCACCCCCUGGCCCCCCCGAAAUCUACUACACCUCGCGCCCGCCGGCCCUGGUGGCCCGGAACCCCCUGCAGGGCUACUACCAGGUGCGGCGGCCCAGCCACGAGGGCUACCUGGCGGCCCCAGGCCUCGAGGGGCCAGGGCCCGAUGGGGAUGGGCAGAUGCAACUGGUUACCAGUCUCUGAGGGACCUCACGGACCAGGGGCUGGUGUCCCAGGCCGGGGAUUGAACCCUGGGUAGGGCUCUGGUGGGAGAGGGAGACCGAUGGAGACAGUGGCUGCUGGGCCGCUCUCUCCAGGUGCCCCUUGGCCAUGGGCCCUCCAGGCCCCUCGGGGACUCUGCUCUGGGGGCCCGAGGUGCAGGGUUCACAGACAGGGUUUCCCACCAGCCAUGUGCACCAGCUCAACUUGGGGCAAGUGCAGUGAGGAACCAGGAGGUCCCCAGGGGAGUGAGGAAGGAGAAAUUGGAAGGGUGCAGCCCACUCUUGACUUCCCCCUCCCACCCCCUACUCUUCCUACUCCCUGGAGGGAAGUGAGGGCUCUGGUUUCCCUGGGUCAAAGGCCCUGCUGGAUGGAACCCGUCAGCUGCUCCUCUCUUUGCAGCCUGAGUGCUGCCAGUUGCACCGGGAUGGAGCAGUGGGGACGGGACAGAUGGACAGGUUCCUCUGCACUACAGUUCCCUGCUCCACAGAGACUGGGGCCUCUGGCCGGGGACAGAGCCCUAGCGGGGAGAAAGCCCCAGGGCAAGAGGAAUGGGCGGUUGUGGCUGGUGGUUUAAAGGUGGAACUUUCUCUGAAGCUCCUUCUCUCUGCUCUUCGUCCCAGCCUUCCCAGCAAGCCUGCCCCCUCAGCCUUCCUUGAGUGCACCCAAUGACCCCCUCCCUUGGGGCGACUCCUGAUGAAGCACAACUCCCCGCAGGGCCCCCAGCCCACAGGGGUGGCCAUAUUUGAGCAGUUCCCAGUCCUGUGGGCUUGGCUAUCUGGGGAGCAGAUUUUGGCUCUGGAUCUCCCUGGGGAGUGGGUCCUGGGCUUGGAUCUUUCCCUAGGGGGCCCUCUUACCCCUUCCCUCUCUCCUCUUCCUCCGUCCCCAUUGCUGUAAAUAUUUCAAUGAAAUGGAAAAGGAAAAAAAAAAAAAAAAAAAGACAAAAAAAGAAAGAAAGAAAAUCUCAUCACUUGAAGCCACCAGGAGCCUGCGGCCCGGCCAGCCCGGGAUUUCUCCAGAGCAGAGCUGCGCCGCUGGGCCCUGGCAGCCAGGACUUCUCUGUGUACGUGUGCAUCCCCAGCCGGGUGGGCGGGCCGCCAGAGCAGCUUUUUACAAUCCAGAGACAGAAAACAAAAUCUAGAAGCAACAUCGAAACAAAGAACCCGUUUCCUUUCUGGCACCCGGCACCCGUUUCUGUUGCCUCCUUCCCUGAUCCGCCUCUCGCUGGCAUCAGUCAGCCCUCCUGGGGCGUGUACCUCACUGCCUGCCCCAGGACUUGGGGCCUGUCUCCCCGUCCCCUCCCCACUGGCCCAGGGGAGGCACCCUCACACCCAAAGAUGCUUUUGCCAAGGUGGCUGCGCUGUCCCUUUGAGUUCCUGCUUCUUGUAUAUUGCUUCUGGGACUUGGCCUGGGAGGAAGGGGCUGAUUUCCCACCUAGAGAGGUUGAGAGGGGAAGGAAAAUGAGGGCAGCAGGGUUUGACAGAUGACUGAGAAGGGAGGGCUGGGAGCGGUGAGGUGGUUCUCCUUCAUGGGGUGGGGAGGCCAAAGGUGAGAGAUUGCCUUCCCUACCCAACACACUCCCGCAGGGGAGGCAAAGCCAGGUACCAGGGCCUGGCUAGGGUCAGGACACCCAUGUUCAGAGGGCUCAACCCCAAACCUGCAGAUGCUGGAAGCUCCAGGCUUGGGAUGUCUCCUGAGUACCUCUCCCAGUCCCCUCUCCAGUCUGUCACCCUGGCCUUCCCAGCAACACCCCCCAACUCUUUGGGGGUAGCAUAGUCCCACUGCCAUACUAGCCCAGCCCUGUCAUUUGCCAUUUCCCCAGGGGUGGCCCUCCACCUCUGCUCUGACCCCUCAUCUCUUUUGUCCCUCCCCCUUUUCUCACAAGUGCCAUGAGUUUUCAAACAUCUUCGGGUCUCAGCCUGCUGCUGCCAUGAACUUUGGGUUAAGGGGGAGGAACUCCAGGGAGGAACUGGGGGAAAGGGACAGAUAGGUGGCUGGAGGGACCCUUUUUGCUGCUAGAAAGCCCCUCCCUUCUCCUGAGGAGCUAGGGCUGGCUUGUCCCCAUCAGUUAGGGGAGAAGGGGCCAGACCAAAGAUGGUGGUUUGUCCCACAUUGGGGGACAGGUGUGGGGAGAAGGUAAAGGUGGGUUCCAUCUGUUUUCUGGUAGGGAGUUUUAACCCGUUUCACCAGACCAUGGGUGAGUCUGGAUGGGGAGGUGAAGUAAGGAUAGGAACGGUCUUGCGUGGAUGGCUCUGUGAGGAGGGCAGGAGACAGCUCCGUGGCUUUCCUUGGCUUCACUAAGCCAGGAACUCCUCUUUGGGGAGGGGUGGCUAGAGACCUGUGAAGAGCUGGUGGGAGACAAGGGUAGAUGGAAGAGUGGGCCCGGCCCAGGCAUCAGCCCCACUAGAUUCAGAGAAUGCCUCUGACCAGCAAAGAGGUCUGGAAGAGAGGGUGGGGUAGGAGAGUUCCCAGGGGGACUGCGGGGCAAGCAAGGAGUCCUGCGUCCUCUCCCCUGCCCAGUCCUCCUUUUAUCUCUCCAGACUCUGACAGUCAAAGGGAGAGAGAGGGUACAGCGGGUCCCUUGGUUCCCAUUCCAGCCAGAAUCACCAAGGUGGAUUCCCAGGCCUCAGAGUUGGGUGGCAGGGCCCCCUGGUAGGGCUGGAAACCACUGCAGUCCAGCACAAAGCUACCCCGAGAGCCCAGGUGUCCCCCCCACCCCAACCAGACCUGGUGCCUUGAUGCUCCCACCCCAGCUGGGAUGGUAUAAAGAAGGAAGGGUCUUGGUUUCCUCUCCUACUCCCUUUCUUGGGCUCCUGAAUUCAUUUGCUUUCAAAUCUUGUUAUUUUUCUCUGGGUUUGGUGGGGGUUUUUUGGCUUUGGUUUUGGUUUUCCUUGCCUUUUUCUCUGUGUCUCCACCUCCUUCCCUGUGUCUUUCUCACUGUCUCUGUGUUCUCCUUCUCUUACCCUCAAUUUCUCUCUGUCCAUUUGGGCCUCCUCCCUCUUCUCCCAUGCCCCCAGUCCCUCCUUGGUCUCCUUUUCGAUAUGCCAAACCAAUUUUGGGUCGAGUGCAUUUAACGAGAACAAAACAAAAGGCUCAUAACAAGAACGUUUCAGAAAAAAAAAAGUUUAAAAAAAUUGUUGAGUCAAAAAAAAAAAUCAAACAAUAAAGAAAUUAAGAUUUCUUGGAA